AGGUCUUGUGUUUUAUCCAUUGCUGCAGCUAGCCGCCUACUGUGUUGUUCCUGUGUGGGCUGUGUGCCAUCGUAAAACAGGGACGAAGCACCAAGUGUCAUUUCAGAUGGCAACUUGUUUCGGUUGUAUCCGCCGGUGUUUCAACGCCGGCGGUUUCAGCGCCAGCAGUUCCCAGGGAAACCGCCUACCUACGGUGGUUCUGGACAUGCUUCAUAUGGGCCAGGAUGUCGUAAUCGUAAAGAAUGGACAAAGGAUCUGCGGAAGUGGUGCAGCACUAGCUAAUGCCCCUCUAGUUCAAAACAAGUCCUAUUUUGAAGUCAAGGUACAACAGGCAGGCCUGUGGGGUGUGGGAGUGGCCACGCAAAAAACAGACCUGAACAGGGUGCCACUUGGACAAGAUCUGGAGAGCUGUGUCCUCACUAGUGAGGGCACUGUGGUGUGUAACAAAGAAGUGCUCCACAAGCUCCAGCAGACAGUACAAGAAGGUGACGUCAUAGGCAUCACGUAUGACCACCUGGAGCUGAACUUUUACCUGAAUGGAACAGAUUUACAUAUCCCUGUGACAGGUGUCAAAGGAGAAGUUUUUCCUGUUCUUUAUGUCGACGACGGAGCCAUCUUGGAUGCGGUGUUCUCUUCUUUCUUCCACACUCCACCCCAGGGCUUUGAGCAAAUUAUGGUGGAACAGUCCUUACUGUGAAAAACUAAUCUGUGUGCAGACCGUCACUGGCACAUCGUAGCACACUCGUGGUAGUGUUGCUCUGAGGAAUGGGCCUGUUGCCAUCUAUGCCUGAGUGUGCAAAGUUCUCCGCCACUGAGCUGUCAUCACAAAGUCACUUUGUAGCCCAGAUUAUUUUUUGAUGCUUGCUAAAGCGUGUCAUGUGUUCAUGCUGGCAGUGUUUUUCUUUUCUUUGCUGGCUUUGUUAGCAUUAAUUUAAACGGGGGCUAGUAAAAGGCAUGGAUAUCGCAUGGAUACAGCCUUAAAAGCAAGCUAGGUGUUCAGCAAAUGAAGAAAGCUGUUUGAAUUGUCAUGCAUGAUAAAAAAAGGCAUAAUUAGGUGGAACAACUUUAAUGUGAGAACGUAGAAUUUAGCCCCGCUAUUGUACGUUGCCUUCUUUUUGGUACUGCUUGCUUGUUUCAAGUCGGGUGCUGCCUACCAAGCUAUGCUGUAAGGAGCUUGGUGUGCAGAGGGAGCUUAGAAACCUUUUUGUAUGCAUUGGACAUUCUUUUAGCUUGUACAGAGACUGUUGGCCCCGUUUUGGGCAUCCUGGUUUCACCAGACAAUAGACCCUUUUCCUAAUUGUUGGACCAGCUUUUUAAAAAGUAAAGGAAUUAGUCAACUUAAUGGCAAAACAGAAUUUCUAAAUUGGCAAGAUAUAUGCACAUACUGUUACAGUGAACAUUAUGUGGGCACAAACAAAGGUUGGUAUUCAUGCUAGUCACCAUGUCCCAGCUUCCAGAACUUUUCUCCUUUCUCAACUGACCACCACUCAUUGUCGUCUUGCUCUUUUUGGAAGACUGUCAGCAAAGACCAGCACCGAAAGUGUUUGUCACAGCACCAGACAGGUUGGAAUGAGACGGUGUUGUGCAACAUGCAGGGGACAUUCCUUUUUAUGCCAUAACUUGUUGCUUAAAAGGCAGGUUGUUGGUUAUGUUACCAGUUGAAAGUUGGCUACAGUGUUGCUUACUUCAAGUUCCUGCUUCUAGGUGUGCGCAUUUGUUGUGCAGCAUUCUUGUGGCGAGUGAUGAUUCGCUUCAUUGACAUCGACUUCACGACAGUGUGUUCUCGUUUAUCUGUCCUUAGGCCAGUAACUUUUGCAUGAGCCUGUUGUCAAACAUGUCUGCCCACAGGAAGGAUUUCUUGAGUGCCUGGUUUUGCUACAGCUUAUGCAACAUGCUACUCUCAAGGUCUUGCUGGUACCUUGAGGUUGCUCACUUUGACCUCGUCCAACCUCUUGCACUCCCCUUGCUGAGCUGAGCACUGAGCUGAGCACUGAGCUGGGCACAUCUCGGCCAAUCGUCUGCAGGUCUCGUGGGAAGUGGUCUUUGUGGCAAAAUCAUUGGUGAUGGUUUGAUAAGAAUGGCCUCACAAUUGGCUAGCAUCUGGUGGUGCAGCAAUAGCUAUUGCUCAUCAGGCUUUCUUUCAGUGCGGAUGUGCUCUAUGCAUCCCGCUAUCAGGUCUGCAUUCUCUUCCACCAGCUCUGCCUUAUACCUGGCCCGCAUGAUACAGUCAAACCUCGAUAUAACGAAGUUGUACUUGCAUCGAAAAACUUUGUUAUAUUGAGGUUUCGUUAAUUCAAUAGAACUAAAAUGGGGAAAUAAAAAUAGUUCGUUACAUCGAGAUUUUUGUUAAAUCGAGGUUCGUUAUAUCGAGGUUUGACUGUAGUGGCUGUGGUCAUGUUUUGUAUUCUGUCAUCAAUGUGAUGCACCAUUUCGACCCAUAACAGCAGACCAUACUUUAUUUUCUAUGAGGUAGAGCAAAUGUGAUGUGGCUUUUGUGACAACAUUUGCAGCCAGAAAGUGGCAAUACAUGCAAUUUUUUCUUUGUCUUUUGUUUCAGCAAUGAUGAGAGCCAUGAUUAGCUUGUCAAGAAUGCAAUGCGAAGGAACCUAACAAUUGGAAAGGGUCUAUUGCUUGUACAGUUUCAGCAAACCUUUGUGUACAUUGCUUGUAACAUAAUUCAAUUAUAAUUUAUAUAGUGUGAACAGUGUCCAGGUAUCCAAAGUAGAUGCUUGGCUGAAGACAAAACUGGCACUGUGAAUGGAAUGUGCCUGCCAUCGUUUGUGGUUAUGAUUACUUACAUGCACAAGUGGGACUGCCUUCUCCAUGAACACUUGCCAUUCUGCGUCUUUGCUGUGGGCAGAAUGCUUUCGGAAAGGCUUUGUUAGAGCGGGUCAUGCCAAAUGCCAGCUGGCGCUCAUUUUUAUGUUCACUGUAUACUCAAUAUUGUGAUAAGGACACUAGCUAUAUAAACAGUUCUUCCAGCUGAUCUGCUGGACUGUCUUGUGCUCAAAUCGGGCAUUUUGUUUAAUAAACCGCAGUUGGAUGCAAGACUUGGCUGUUUCACUGAAAACAAUACAGGUGCAUGCAUCUGUGUUGAUGCCAGGUCAAAAAAUUAAAUCCUCUCUUUCUCAGAAGUUGCAACAGCUUUGUCACACUUGGCUAUGCUACCUACAUUCUUGUCGAGCAUCACUGCCAACAAAACUCUUGUUUCUUCUGGAAGUAACCAAUGUGUACUGAAUCUAAGCAUGGUACUGUCCAAAAUUCACAAAUUUGGUCACAAUUGAGUCUGUGGUCUAGCUGGAAGAACCAUUUAGUGUGUGGGUUUCCCUUAUUGACACUACGGUUUUUAUCUUGUACGGCCCCAUUUGUACAGGCAAGAGAGCAUUGCUAUAUGGCUGCCUGAGGUUGUUCAGAGAUUUGAGCGAACUAAAAUUAAGCACCGUCUUUUUAAAAGCAAGGUAAGAAUAAGCAAGCAUGCAAACAUGCAUCAUAGCAUUAGCCUUGAGCCCAAGUGAUUGCACUGUUAAAGAAACUGCUUUUUCCCAGGCAACAAAAUGGUCAUUCUGGGGCGGUAUUCUCGGAUGAUCACUUUUGGAGAGACUUUCACUUUCGGAAGAUUUCACGAGACUAGCGCUGGAUGCAUAUGGCAUCUACAGGCCAAUGUGUUCUGGCACUAUGCCAAGACAGCAUGCCAGGAACAUUUGUUCAUAGAUGCCUACGUGUCUAGUGCUGCUCUUGCAAAAGUGAAAGCAUCUGCAAAAGUGAUUGCCUGAAAAUGCCACCCUUGUUGGCAGCCGUGCAAUGUCCUGUCCCAUUUUUAUGGCCAUGUAAAUAGUUCAGGCUUCCUGUGCAUAUAGCUGAAGGCACUAGCGCUGGUUUUAUGCGUAGAAUUGUCAUUCCUAUCACAUCGUUUUGGAGGUUGAAAUGCUGGAAAUUAUUGGUUAUUAAAGACAUUAACACACUGAGAUUUUCUUGUGGUUAAAAUUGGUAACCUCACCGACGGGCUAAGGCAUCUUCUAUUCAGCAUGCUAAGUUUGUUCCAUGUUUUUUACCCACCUGUCCUAGACAGUUGGGUAGAACCAUGCUGGUUUGGCAGGUAUCGAUUUCUGCUGCUAAGGAUACUUGGGUUUGACUUAAGGUGGUGGAAUGGCAAAAAUGCCCUCGUAAUGAGAAUUUGGCCUACAUAAGCAACUGCAGCACCACAAAAUUAAUUUGCAGCCCUGAACCAUAGUGUCCCUUGUAGCAUAAGUUUAGCUUUGGGAUGCAAAAUCCAAUCAAUCAAAUGCCAAUGUGAACUUUUUGUGAGACGUCUGAAAAGCAGCCUUGUAGAGUUACUAAAGUGUCGUGAAAAAGAAAAGUGGGAACAUUAGGACAGAAUGAAAGCGCCUGUGUUGUCUAUUUUCUAUUGUCCUUCACACAUUUUUCACCAUGUCAGCUAUUUUAUUUACAGGACUUGGGCUAGUCUCAUUGUAUCAAUAAAUUUUCU